AUGGUGGGUGACGCACAGAUCGGCAAGACGAGCUUGAUGGUCAAGUACGUCGAGGGCAGCUGGGACGAGGACUACAUCCAGACACUGGGUGUCAACUUUAUGGAGAAGACAAUCUCCAUCCGCAACACGGAAAUCACUUUCUCCAUCUGGGACUUGGGCGGCCAGCGCGAGUUCGUCAACAUGCUGCCGCUCGUAUGCAACGACGCCGUCGCCAUUCUGUUCAUGUUCGACUUGACGCGAAAGAGCACACUCAACAGCAUCAAGGAGUGGUACCGACAGGGACGUGGGUUCAACAAGACAGCCAUUCCCAUUCUCGUGGGCACCAAGUACGACCACUUUGUCAACUUUCCCAGGGAAGACCAGGAGGAAAUCUCCAACCAGGCUCGUCGCUUUGCCAAGGCAAUGCGCGCCGCCCUCAUCUUCAGCAGCACAAGCCACAGCAUCAACGUGCAAAAGAUCUUCAAGAUUGUCCUGUCCAAAGCCUUCGAUCUCAAAUGCACGAUUCCUGAGAUCGAGAACGUCGGCGAGCCCCUCCUGCUCUACCAAAGCUGCUGA